CCGAACAUGAGAGAGAGCACUCGUGUACGCGUGCAUAUUUUCUGUCCUGUUUUCUUUUUGCUAGCUCUAUGGAACACCGCAAAAAGAGAGAGAGAGAGAGAGAGAGAGAGAGAGAGAAGGCGGGGCCGCCUCAUCCGCUGCUGAGUCGUAAAUACAGCUGAGCGCCAUCAGGUGGCACUUUCUCCUCAAAGGGACCGGACGGUUUCCCGCUGUUUUUCCCGCGCAAAUCCCGUUCCCGCCGUUUGGAGGAGGACCUGGUGCGGAUAGGAGAUGGUAAGCCGGCCCGCGUCCGCUGGGCUUGCGAGUUUCUAAGUCAUUCUUUUCCCGGGCACUUAAAGCUCCUGUAGCGGGGUAUAAGUCUACGAUCGAGUGGAAUAUGUAUUUCCCCUGAACUAGCCUCCUGCAAAAAUACGUUGAACUACAGCUCCCAUCUUACCCAACAUCCGUUGAGGUGCCCGGGAAAAGGGGGAAGUGAAAUCCAACGCACGGAUGGAAGAAGCUGGUGUAAUUAACUUCUUUCCUCGAGCCUGGCUUUUCCUAUUUAGUCAAAGAAAAGAGGUCUGAGCGUUGAAGAGAAGAGAACUCGGAUGAUGGAAAUCUUUUUUGAAACAAAAGAUGUAUUCCAGUUAAAGGAUAUUGAGAAAAUUGCUUCGAAAGAGAAAGGAAUAACGUCUAUGUCAGUGAAGGAUAUCUUACAGAGCUUAGUUGAUGAUGGUAUGGUAGACACUGAGAGGAUUGGAACAUCAAAUUAUUUUUGGGCUUUCCCAAGUAAAGCAUUACACACAAGAAAAUGUAAACUGGAAGCACUACAGAAUCAGUUCUCAGAAUAUUGUCAGAAGAAAAAGGAUUUAGAAGAAAGCAUCAAGCAAUCAAAAAUUGGGCGGCAAGAUACUGCAGAACGCGCAGCACUAAUAAAGGAAUUUAGUGCCUUACAACAGAAGAAAGACCAUCUAAAGGCAGAAGUAGAUAAAUAUAAAGAAUGUGAUCCAGAUAUUAUUGAAGAAAUCCGUCAAGCAAAUAAAAUAGCUAAGGAAGCAGCCAACAGAUGGACUGAUAAUAUAUUUGCUGUAAAAUCUUGGGCUAAACGGAAGUUUGGAUUUGAAGAUAACAAAAUUGACAAAACAUUUAGUAUACCAGAAGAUUUUGACUAUAUUGAUUAAAAGUAUUUAAAUGGAUGUCACAUAACUUAAUAUUGUUCAAGAUGCCUUUAUUUUAAAUUUCAUUUCAUUCCUACCAUUACUUGUACUGUUAAUAAAAACUGAAAACACUGAA